UAGAUAUCACAAAUGGCUCAAGCAAUUGCUUACCUCGAUGACAUCAAACCAUACAAAACCACUUGGAGAGUUCAGGUCCGUGUCCUUCAUACCUGGAAGACAUUUACCACAAAGUUUGGUGAGACUUUCGACAUGGUUCUGUCUGAUGUCAAAGGCAAGAAGAUCCAUGCGUCUGUGAAGAGAGAGCAUCUCAACCGUUUUGAGAAGCUCAUGGUUCCAGGAGAGUGGAAGGCUAUUGAAAACUUUGGAUUGACUUAUUCAACUGGUCAGUUCAAAGCAACUGAUCAUCGUUACAAAAUGGGCUUCAUGGCGCAAACAAGAGUUGUGAGGAUGGAUCCAUUGUCUGAUUCUUAUUACCUGUCAUUGACUCCUUUCAAUGAUGUUUUAACUGCUGGUCUCAACCAGAACUACUUGAUUGAUGUUGUCGGUCAAAUCGUGAAUGUUGGUGAAAUGGAGACUAUCGACGUGCAAAAUAAACCUACUAAAAAGAUUGAUUUUGAACUGAGGGAUCAUACGGAUGAAAGGCUACCCUGUACUCUAUGGGGUUCAUUUGCAGAACAAGUUUUCUCUGCCUGUGAAGCUUCUGCUGGUGAGAUGGUCAUAUGUUUGGUGAGAUAUGCUAAGAUCAAGACUUACAAAGAUGUAAGGAGUAUCUCCAAUGCUUUCAAUACAUCUCAGAUCUUGAUCAAUCCAGACAUCCCUGAGAUUGUUGCCUUCAAAGAAAGUUUACCAAAAGAUGGGCUUGCUCUUACUCUUCUUGAGUCUAAACCAAAGCAGGAAAUGAUCGAGCUGACUACAGGGGAUUUCUAUCUUCAGUUUCCUAAGAAGACCAUCAAAGAAGUCGCUGAGAUGUUUGAUGUAAUAGUUCUUUUUUUCUAUUACAUUCUAAUUUGAUUGCAUAGUUUAUUCUAACCAACUUUUAAAUGUUCCUAUUUUCAG